AUGCCAGCUACCGACUCCCCCGCUAUCAUCGUAGCCCGCUUUCUCAAAUCGAGCAACUAUGAUGAAACAUACGAUGCCUUCAUCGCCGAAGCGGGUCUUCCGCCCGAUGCUGGGAUGGUUGAGAAAGGGGAUCUGACCCUUGAGGUGCUGUUGGAGGAGAAGAAGACGUUUGAUCUUAGUGCGAGGUUUGAGAAGUUGGGGGUUGAGGGGGGUGGGGCGAGGGGGUGGGUUGAGGGUGGUCCUGAGAAGGCGGAAGUAGUGAGGAGUCUCCCGACGAGCUCGAAUGUCCUCAGUGUAGCGGCGUACGAUACGGAAGCUUAUGGUGCGACAUUGCUUGUGAGUACGGCGGAUCGACGUCUACAUGUUCUGAAUGCACGGACGAAGGCUUUAAGAGCUUCUCUGUCUGGAUUGCAGGACUCGCCUAUACUGUCGACCCUGGUCUACAGGGAGAAGUUCUUGCUUACGGCCUCCAUGUCUGGGCAGCUGUUGGUUAGUGGGCUGGAUGGGAGGUCGAUUGAGCGGAGACGUGAUCAUACGAAGUAUAUUGUCAAGAUUGCAAUGCUUGAAAAUGAUGCCGCGGGACCUUUGCUAGCGACUGCGGGAUGGGAUUGUAAGGUUGUGCUUUAUUGGCCUUCUGUCGACGAGCAGGGGAAGUUCAUACUUAAUGAUCCUGUUGCUACUAUCACCUUACCAACGAAACCUGAGGCGAUGGUCUUGAUGCGGCAUCCAGAGAGCUUACAACUGAUCUUACUGGUCACAAGGACAGACUCGAACCUCAUCUACUACUACAGCACUGAGACCUCACCUCGACUCCUGGGUAAACAAAAUCUAGCCCCUCACUCCAACGCAUGGGUAGCUUUCACACCAUCAGCCAUGGCACUCUGCCCUACAGAUCCCACCUUACUCGCCGUAGGAACAUCAAGUGUCCCUCACAUGAAACUACUGCUCGUACGACUCCUGGUACCUCCCUUCGCGUCCUCAUCCGAGCAAGCAGCGCCCGUCCGAACAUCGCUACUAGACGAAACACCAGUACCCGACACCCAAGCCUCGCAAGCCCGCCGCGAACUCGCCAUAGCGGAUCGAGAGGCAGCGGCUAUACAGAUCCAUUGCACAACUAUGGCGCCGCAGACGGCGUAUAGUACUCCUGCUGUGGCGUGGCGGCCUAAUGGCAGUGGGGUGUGGGUUAAUGGGGAUGAUGGCGCUGUGAGGGGGAUUGAGGCGAGUUCGGGGAAGGUGGUGAGGGUGCUGAGGGAGGGGGGGCAUGAGGAGGGGAGUAAGGUCAGAUGCAUUUGGGGAGGUAUGGUUGAAGGAGAAGAAGUGCUUCUUAGUGGGGGGUUUGAUCAGAGGUUGGUUGUCUGGCGGUCGGAUCGUGAGGUUUGA